CAUUCGAAGCGCGCCAGUAUAUUUGUAUAUAGUAAUAUUGUAGUCGUUUAAGCCUUUAUUAAAUCAACUAAACUUUUAAAGUUUUAAUUAAACUAUAAACCCAUCGAGUUUAUAAAUUAACUAUUAGAAACUUUAAUGAUUUUUUGUGAAUACUGUUGUUAUUAAACUAAAUUUAGUUAUUUAUAUAAAAAUGCCGACUUGCACGUGCAAUAAUUUAUCUGAAGACGAGUUGAAUACUCAUAUUUGUCAACUGAAAAUUUCAAAUGAUUGUGAAUCACAUUCAGAGAAGGAAGGAAGUAUUGCGGAAAAAGUUGAUAGCAUUGUUAGAUACAGCGAUGGAUCAGUCCGACUCAGAAAUCCAAAUAUUGAGUUGAUGGAUCAAGACAUUCUUUAUCAUCUAGCUCUUGGAAGUGGAUCUCAUGACCUGGUGGAAAUGUUUGGUGAUGUUAAGUUCGUCUGCAUGGGGGGAACACCAAAGCGGAUGGAGAACUUCGCCUAUUUUAUUAUGAAAGAAAUAGGUCACAAGCUUCCAACUGGUACUACUUUACUGGAUAUCAGCCAGUACUCUUAUCGCUAUUCCAUGUACAAAGUUGGUCCAGUUUUAUCAAUCAGCCAUGGAAUGGGGAUCCCAUCCGUAGGGAUAUUGUUGCACGAAGUUAUCAAACUAAUGUAUCAUGCUAAAGUUCGUGAUCCCAUAUUUAUUAGAAUCGGAACAUGCGGUGGAGUUGGCCUUGAAGGUGGAACAGUCGUUAUAAGUGAAGAGGCAGUCGAUGGAAUGCUCAAACCAUACUACGAAGUGCCAGUGUUGGGUAAAAUGGUUCGACGGCCAGCAAAAUUAGACAAACAAUUAAUAAAGGAGUUGAAUGCAAUGGCGCAUCCUGAAGAUCCUUAUGAUACAGUGAUCGGCAAAACAAUGUGUACACACGACUUUUACGAAGGCCAAGGUCGUCUUGACGGCGCAUUCUGCGAAUUUACGGAGAACGAUAAAAUGGAGUACCUUCAAAAGUUACAAAAAGCAGGUGUUGUAAAUAUCGAAAUGGAAGCUGUAGCUUUCGCAGCGCUCACACACCACGCAGGUAUUAGGUCUGCUAUUGUAUGCGUUACGUUGCUAGACAGACUGAAAGGCGAUCAGUUAAUGGCACCUAAGGAAGUCUUAGAAGAGUGGCAGAAGAGACCACAAAUUUUAAUAUCACGAUACAUUACCAAGUACCUUCAAACAAAAGGCCGCUUAUCACUAGAAGGUCAUGGCUCUAUGGCGGUUAAAAGUCCACGUCGUUUUAAACUUGUGCAACAGGAGUCUGAGAAUUACGACUAAACUCCUAGUUUAUUUAUUUUUUUCUCUAACAUUUUUUCAAAAAUAUUUUUUUCUCUUUCAUUCACAACUGAAAUUUAAAAGUUCUCUGUCUCUCAAUUGAUACUUAUCAUUGACGAGACUGAAAUGAACUUUACGGCUUUAAAUAAUUUUAAUCUCGGGUCGAGAAUCUCAAUAUUAUAAACUUUAGUGUGAUUUAAAUAUUAUUUUUAGUUUAGUUUAUUGAUUUAUUUAUUAAUUCGAAGCUAAAGACAAAAAUUUUUGAAAUUUAUUUUUAUUAAACUAAAAUCAACACUAAAUAUUAUUAUACCUUUGUACUAUUAUUAAAUUUUAUACUUAUU